GCUGAUUCGACAAUGUUGAGGUGAGGGCGGGGUCACACGUGUGCAGAGUCUUGGACUGGAGUGUACAGCUGGAGUUUAGGGAUGCAGGACUAUCAGAAUUUACCUAUUGACAUACAGAUCAGCAAAUUACAAGAUUGGUUGGUUGACAGACGCCAUUGCAGUCUGAAAUGGCAGAACUCUGUGCUCACGAUACGAGAGAAAAUAAAGGCAGCCAUGCAGGACAUGCCAGAGAACGAGGAAAUCGGGCAACUUCUUUCAGGCACAUAUAUUCAUUAUUUCCACUGUCUGAGAAUAGUAGAAAUACUUAAAGGGACAGAAGCCUCCACAAAAAACAUUUUUGGAAGAUAUUCAUCUCAGCGAAUGAAGGACUGGCAGGAGAUUCUCUCUCUCUAUGAAAAAGACAAUGCAUACUUGGCGGAAAUUUCCAGCUUUCUGGUGCGUAAUGUGAGUUAUGAGAUUCCAUCCUUAAAAAAGCAGAUCGCUAAGUGUCAGCAGCUACAACAAGAAUACGGCCGAAAGGAAGUGGAAUGUGUUAACGGAGCCAGCGAUCUCAGAGAAAAAUUCUAUACUUCAUGCAAGAAAUAUGGCAUCACAGGAGACAAUAUCAAAAAGGAAUUGCUUGCUUUGGUAAAAGACCUUCCUUCCAGUCUGGGGGGUAUGAUAGAAGGUGUCUGCAGUCUUUCAGAGGCCAUUGAAUUAUACCAGGCAUGUGUGAAUUUCAUCUGUGAAAGUCCUUCUGAGGUGGUGGUACCUAUGCUGAGAUGUGUUUUACAAAAGGGGAACAUCACUGUGUACGAAUGGAAAACGGGCAUCUGUCCAUCAGUAAUUGAGAGACCCCAAAAUGAAGAACCUUUGGAACAGGUGACAGAGGAUACGAUUGACUGGGGUGAUUUUGGAAGCAUCUCACCGGCAAACACUGAGACCACUGGUUACGGAAUCUCUUUGGACGAUGCUGGUCAAGCAGAAGAUAUUGACUGGGGCAUCUCAGUUCAGCCCAUUGCUCAGGAAGCCAGUUCCGAUGGUAUAGAUUGGGGAGAUGAUGAGGCUACCCCAGUGGAAAUUGAAGUGGUGGAAGCAGGCUCCGAGGAUGGAACUGCUCGCGGACCUGACGCACUGAGUCUUCUAGAGAACCCAGACACCAGGAAUCAAUUCAUUGAUGAAUUGAUGGAGUUGGAGGUGUUUUUGUCACAACGGCUGAUAGAGACGAAUGAAGAGGCAGAUGUCUUGGCUGUGUGCCAGUUCCAGACAGCCCCAGCUAUACUUCAGAACCAGACUGCAGACAAGAUGACCACUGUGUUGACAACAGUGAAGGCACUGCUUGACCAACUAACAAACCAGAAGAUGCAACAUUUGUUCUUAAUUCAUGCAUCUCCAAGGUACGUGGACCGUGUAACUGAACUACUUCAUCAGAAACUGAAGCAGGCUGACCAACUGCUGCUGAAGCAACAGGUGCUAAUCCAGAAGCGUCAGGAUGCCUUAGCAGAACAAGCAGCCUUGGAACCUAAGCUGGACUUACUGAUCCAGAGAACUAAAGAGUUCCAGAAGCUGAUUGAGGCUGAUAUUUCCAAACGUUACAGCCAGCGUCCUGUGAACCUGAUGGGGGUUACAGUGUGAUAUACAGUUCUCUUGACAGAGCCUGGAACAUCAAACAUCUUUGAUGGACUUUGAGAAUACUUAUAUUGACAUCUCCACUAGAUCAAGAUUCAGCCUGCUGCAAGUUUGUGGCCGACCUCCACCUCACAUGAUAUUUGUAUUAAGUUGCAGUGACUUUACUAUUGCUAACCAGCUUGUCCUUUUCAUUUCAUGCAUCUUACUUAUGCUGGGACCCUUCAUUCCCCUUACUGCACUAAAAUCCGGCCCCAUCCUGUUACCUUGCAGUACUGGUAUUAACACCCACCAGUAUCUGUCAUAUACUGGUAUAAAGCCCUGCCCACUUCCUUUACUGUACUGGCAUUAGAUCCCAUUUCCUGUGGUGCACUGACAACAAGUCCCGUACUUCUAUGCACAAUCAGGCCAUUUUAUUUCAGUGCUUUACUGUUGUCUGACCUUCACCCCCUGUGCAGUAUCAAAUCCACCUAUUUGUGUGUUUCACUGUUGUCAGGUUCCCACCUUAUACUUUACUGGCAUCAGACUCCCAUGUUCUACCAUUGUUAGAUCUCUUAUCAUAGGGCUGUCCCCUCUUCAGAUGCCCAAAGUGUGAAUUUGUUUUCAGUGGAUGUGUAAAAUUUUGUGUACAAAAAAAAAAACAUGCCUACAAGUGCAAAGGACUGGACUUCAUUUUUUUG